AGUCUUCUACUCCUUCUGGGUCUGGCCCUUCUGCUGAAUGCUCAUCUGGGGUCUGUCUACAAUCUGGUAUUCUACUUCUCCAACUGGGCUCAGUAUCGGCCAGGUCUGGGUCGUUUCACCCCUGAUAACAUUGACCCUUGCCUGUGUACUCACCUGAUCUAUGCUUUUGCUGGGAUGCAGAACAAUGAGAUCACCACCAUAGAAUGGAAUGAUGUAGAGUUCUACAAAGCUUUCAAUGGCCUCAAAAACAGACUUGGUGACCUCGCCAGCUCCAGUAGCCUUCUUAUCCACAGCUUUGAUGACACCCACAGCAACUGCCUGCCUCAUGUCAUGAACAGCAAAACGACCCAGUGGAGGAUAGGAGAUGUCAAUAGUGAUACCACGCUCACGCUCAGCUUUCAGUUUGUCCAAGACACAGGCAUACUUGAAGGAGCCUUUUCCCAUCUCGGCAGCCUCCUUCUCAAACUUCUCGAUGGUUCAUUUGUAGAUUCCACCACUCAGGUAGAUCAGGUGGCCGGUUGUAGUGGACUUGCUGGAAUCAACCUGUCCACUGACGAUGAUACUGACAAAGACACUGUGAAAAUAUGUAUUUAUUAUAUAUACAUCUCUGAAACUAACUUCAAAUAUGCUUGCCUUGUUCUACAGGAGAUUCGUGAAGCUUUUGAGAAGGAGGCUAAUGAGAACAACAAGCCCAGGUUGUUGAUAACUGCGGCUGUAGCUGCUGGCGUUUCCACCAUUGAAGCUGGCUAUGAGAUCUGUGAACUUUCCCAGUACCUAGAUCAAAUCCAUGUCAUGACAUAUGACCUCCAUGGCUCCUGGGAUGACUACACAGGAGAGAACAGUUCCCUCUACAAAUAUCCUACUGACACUGGCAGCAAUGCUUACCUCAAUGUGGAGUAUGCCAUGAAUUCCUGGAAGAACAAUGGAGUCCCAGCUGAGAAGCUCAUUGUUGGAUUCCCAGAAUAUGGACACAAUUUCCUCCUGAGCAACCCCUCCAAUGAUAGAAUUGGUGCCCCUACCUCUGGUGCUGGCCCUGCUGGACCCUAUACCAGGGAGGCUAGGUUCUGGGCCUACUACGAGAUUUGCACCUUCUUGAAAAAUGGAGCCACUGAGGUCUGGGAUGCCCCUCAGGAAGUGCCUUAUGCCUAUAAAGGCAAUGUGUGGGUUGGCUAUGACAAUGUCAGGAGCUUCAAUGUCAAGACUCAGUGGCUUAAGCAGAACAAUUUUGGAGGUGCCAUGAUCUGGGCCAUUGAUCUUGAUGACUUCACUGGCUCUUUCUGUGGCCAGGGAAAAUUCCCUCUGACCUCUACUCUUAACAAAGCCCUGGAUGUGCCCACAAGUGGUUGCACAGCCCCUGAUGUGCCCACUGAUCCUACGGAGCCAGUGACUUCUCCUCCAGGAAGCGGAAGCAGGAGUGGGAGUGGGAGCUCUGGAGGAAGCUCUGAAGGCAGCGGAUUCUGUGCUGCCAAAGCUGAUGGCCUGUACCCUGUGGUCAAUGACAGACAUGCCUUCUGGCACUGCUCCCACGGAAUCACAUACCUGCAGCACUGUCCAGCAGGCCUUGUCUUUGAUACCAGCUGUAAUUGCUGCAACUGGCCAUGA